UUCCGUUGAUGUUGAAAAAUUGGUACCGAUAUAAUGAGUCCUGCAGCUUUUCUCACAGACCACCAUGUUGGUUCUUACUCAGUGUUGUCCUAACCUAGCGGGGGGAAGUUACUAGAAAGUACUUGCUGCAUUGGGCGAAUGAAUUACUUUUACUAGAAAGUACUCGCUGCAUUUGCAAAUUCAAAAUCAUGCAACGAUAAGAAGAUGAAAACAAAGAGAGAACACCAGAGAGACGAGCUGCUCCACUAGGAGUAGAGAAAAACUGCCAAAAGUGAGAGGAAUAUGUAAAGGAAAGAAAGCAUUAUCUUCCACCAAUGAAAAACAAAAUAAUGAAGCUUGGUUCAAAGAGAAGACGAACGACGCUUAAGACACCUAAGGAUAGGACCGCUUGCUAUAAUAUAAUCGAACAAUUUUUAAUUAGUCUGAUCUUGGUCCUCCUCCAAAAAAUGCAUUCCUCGGGGUCCUCGACCGCAUCAUCUAUGAUGCGGGGAAGCUCUCGUUCUUUCGUAUGUAGAACGAGGCACUUCUCAUCCGCCGGAGGAGCUUCGUACCAGUCUCCGCAGAAGGUCGGAUUCAUAGGCCUCGGCAACAUGGGACUACCCAUGUGCACAAACCUAGCGAAAGGGCUUGGAGCGACGGAGGUUUUGGUACACGACAAGUUUCCGGAAAGAAUAGCAUUGGCAACAGGAGAGGGAACUUCUUUUAUGAUACCUAGACCUUGACGUUCUGAAGAAGAUGAAGAUGAAGACUAUUCAGAAAAGACAAAAAAUUGAUGGAAGAGCAUCUUCAUCUUCUUGUAGUUCGGUUAUUGUAGUUUGUUCUAGACCUGUUGUAAGAACAAGUAUACUACUAGGUUCCACUUUAAUAGCUCUUUACGCGGGAACGUGAAAGCUGCAGCAAGUAUAGCUCAGAUGGCUGCUGAAUGCGAUGUGGUUUUCACGAUGCUCUUUAACACAGAAACAACGGAGGAAGUUUACCGUGGAAAACAAGGACUCUUUCAAAAUGCGCGGUAGCUAGUACUAGUUGCGUUUCUAAUUCUACUUACUCCUACUUCCUUUAGGAGCUCUCUACUCUUCAUUUGUUCUAUUCUAUGUCGUUCUACAUCUUGUUCUACUAGAUCUUGCUUGUUUUCUAUAUCUUGUUUGCUCCAUUUCUAUUUCUUGUGGUUGUUCUAUAGUACUUGUAGCUUGACAGGUCCUCAACGAUGUUUAUCGACUCAACAACGAUAGCUCCGCCAUUUGCGAAAGCACUUGGCCAGGAGGGUGGGAAACUCGGGUUUCACAUGCUGGACGCGCCUGUUUCAGGCGGAGUUGCGGGCGCAGCGGCAGGAACUCUAGCGUUCAUGUGUGGCGCAAGCAGCCAGGAGGCGUUCGAGUCAGCAGGCAAACCGUUCCUGGAAAAAAUGGGUAAGAACAUCUUUUACUGUGGGGCGAGUGGAACAGGAUCAAUCGCAAAAGUGUGCAACAAUAUGGCGCUCAGUGUCCAGAUGAUUUCCAUCGCGGAAGCCAUCUCGAUGGGGGUGAAAUUAGGUACCUUAAUAUUUUAUUUAUACCAGCAUGUUGGAGCACCACUUAUUAAUAAUAUUUCUCAUUCAUGUUGGAGCAUCAAUCCACCAAGAUUGAUUAAUCCACUAUCGUCUAGAAAAACUGCAUUACCAUGGAGCAUCAUGUCUCUGCAGGUGCUAACCUUAACUAAGUAGCUGAACUAACUAGCUGAGCGUCAACAAGCAUAAUUCUCAAAGGUCGCGCAGAAGUCUAGAUACGUUGUUUGCCAUCUCUACAAGUAAAUAUACCCAGGUAUGGACCCAACGCUUUUAUCCAACGUGAUGAACAAGAGCAGUGCACGGUGUUGGGCAGGCGACGUCGGGAACCCGUGCCCUGGUGUACUCCCAGAUGCACCAAGUUUUAAGGCUCCUACUCGCUACAAGAACUAGAAAUAGAGAGUUGUAAAAUAAUGAUCAAACUACGAGUACUAUACCUAGAUACCGUUCGUUGAAGUUGAAGUUGAACAGCUGCGCCCUCUUCUAAUCCUUCUCGCGACUAUGAACGUGGCUUCAAGAUGUCCUUGAUGUUAAAAGAUUUGAAGCUGGCGAUAGAAAACGCAGACAAAGUGAACGCAGACGUGGAGUUGGCGAAACACGGGUUACAGUAUUACAAGGAACUAGCAGAGAACGGCUUCUCCGAGAAGGACUUCGGAUUCGUGUAUCAAUACGUACAUAAGAAUAAGAAAAUGUAGUUGUAACACCAGGAGUACUCGUUGUACUUGAUGAAGUUCUGGAGCAAAUACUGAGAAAAAAUACUAGUGAGCCUGUGGUUCUGGUUCUGAAUUCCAACCGUGAGGUGUGAUUAGACGACCGCGAGCUUGAUGUGCCUCUAUUUGCGCUCCUCGCAACGUUGGAGACGACUAUCCGGUACUUUUCAAUGAUAACAGAAUUUUCCUUGUGCUGUAUCAGAGUUCCAAAAAAAUAUUUUAAAAAUAUAUCCCGAAAUAUGCAUUUCAUU